AGGUCCUUUAGCCAACCCUUGUCUUCAGCAACCAAAGACGCCAAGAGCCUACAAAGAAAUUGUCCACAAUAGAUUAACUCAUCUAUAUAAGGAUAUCAUAGCCCGAGGUUCUGAAUAGAUGACUAUAUUUCUGCUGGCCCAGAUUCAGUAAUAUCACGGCAGUGCCUGAUUAAACCCCCUAGGAUCAAGCGACGAAGUGAUCUCCACUAACUGAGUUAUCCAGAUGACGGCAACCCAAUCCAGUGAAGUGGAAUUGACAGGGGAUGAAGUACACAAUAUACAGUUCAAGCUAUCUGAUACGGAUUCACAGAAUUUAACGUCUCAGAGCGGAGAAAUGGGGCAAGUAGAACCUGAAGACGUGGAGGUAGAGGGAGUGGUUAUACCGGCCGACCUAAGAAUUGACGUCAAAUCGACACAAACUCGACAAAAUUCUGACGAGUAUGAGCCUCCUGAUUUUCUUAGUGAGACAAAGCCUAGAGAGGUCGACACCAUGGACGUCAAAGCAGCAGAACUAAAAUUGGUCAAAGCUGAAGCCCAAGUCAGAAAGACGGAAUCAAAACAUUCAAAGGCGAAGGAGAUUAUGAAAAAUAAGACGCUACCGUUUGACCCAGCCAAGAUCAAGGCAGCGAUGGCAGCCAAAUCGAAAGCAACAAAACCGGCGAAGGCAAAGCCAACGGGAAGCAAGCCAACAGGCGUAAGAAAGUCAGCUAACAUAAAGCCAGCAAUGAUGAUGACAGCAGGAAGCAAAUCAACAGUCGUGAAGAAACAAAAAGACAUGAAGUUAGCGGCGACGAUUCCAACAGCAAACAAGUCAAUAGUGCCAAAGAAGCCAACUGACAUGAAGCCCGCAAAGGUAAUAUCAACAACAAGCAGACCAACGGUCUUGAAGAAGUCAACCGACAUAAAGCCAUCGAAGCGCAUUAAAGAGGCCUCUCUAGAAGACAUGCUCGCAGGUACUCGGCAAUGGAUCGUAAAGCCGAAUCAAUGGAUGAUUCGGAAUCCGGACACAGGUUGCUGGGGGAUUUCCGCGCGGAACCGCGAGGGGGAGCGGACCGAGCUAACAGUCGCUCACACAGUGCAUUGCGAAUGUCUGGACGUGCGGCUGAUGCAUAUAUGCAAGCAUGCCGAAAGACUGGUGAAGAAACGCCGGCUCGCGCGACGGUCUCGCGACGCCUUUGUCAUCGCUACCAAGAUUCGGCUGGAGCUGCCUCAGCCCAUCCCUAAAGAGAUCCGAUUCCCGAGGGUGAGAACGCAGAAGAUCGAACGUUGGGAAGAGGAGAUAGAUGAGGAGAAGGAGAGAGGAAUGGUCGUCGAGAUACAUAACCAGCAACUGCUUGUUGAGAAAUGGAAGAGUUUGAAGGCAUACAAGCAGAGACGUAUUUGGAAGGAUUGGUGAGCGCUCGUUAUUUCAUACCGACUGGUCGGUGUACUUCCUUUGCAUCUCUUUCGUAGUGUUUUCUGACUAUAGGGAAAUUGCGCAUUAUAGAUAUAAAUAACUAUUCUU